AUGCUAUCUUCCUUCUUCUCGCGGUCGCCCGCGACCGCCGAAGACGCGCCCCUACUCCACAAACCGGCGCUGGAGCGGAAUCACACAAAGCUGUCAAUGCUCGGUCUCGCAUUCGCGAUCCUUAACUCGUGGACUGCGCUCUCGGCCUCGCUCUCAAUCGCGCUCCCGUCCGGUGGGCCUUCGGCUGUCGUGUGGGGUCUUGUUGUGUCCGGGGUUUGUAAUCUGUGCCUAGCAGCAUCGCUAGCCGAGUUUUUAGCUGAGUAUCCUACUGCUGGUGGGCAAUAUCAUUGGGUUGCAGUCGUAUCACCUCCAGAAUGGAUGCCGCUGCUGAGCUGGAUGUGUGGCUGGAUUAAUUGUUCUGGCUGGGUGUUUUUGGUCGCGACAGGUGGGAGCUUAGCGAGCCAGAUGGUUGUAGGCAUAGCGAGUUUGUUGGACCCGGUUAGUGUUGAUAUUGAUAUUAGUAGGGUGGCAGAAUAUGUAGCUACCCCAGGGCAGAUGCUGUCCGUGUAUGUUGCCUUCACGGUCACAGCUUUCGCGAUAAAUGUCUUUGGGAACCGUGUGCUGCCGAUAUUCAGCAGAUUUGCAUUCAUCUGGUCCGUCUCGGGGGUCACCAUAAUCUCUGCUACGCUGUUAUUUGCCUCCGCAGGGACCGGAUAUCAAAGCCCCAGCUUUGUCUUCACCAAAUUUGUCAAUCACACCGGCUGGCCUAAUGGCAUAGCCUGGUCCCUAGGGCUCCUUCAAGGCUCGUUGGCGCUAACAGGAUAUGAUGCUGUCGCGCAUAUGAUUGAAGAGAUCCCACACGCCUCGCGUGAGGGCCCUAAAAUCAUGAUCUAUGCUGUCCUUAUCGGUAUGGUAACGGGAUUUGGAUUCCUUCUGGUACUAUUGUUCUGUAUGGGGUCUAUCGAGGAGGUUAUUAGUGCGCCGUGCGGGCCUAUCUUAGCGAUAUUCUACCACUCAACUGGGAGUAAAACCGUUUCUAUAUGUCUCUUGAUCUUCCCGUUGGUCUGCCUUCUUUUUGGUACAACCACGAUCAUGACUACCUCGUCCCGUAUGCUCUAUGCAUUCUCACGAGAUCGAGGUCUUCCCUGUUCUUCGACCUUCUCGAUAAUACAUCCUAAGCUCCACGUUCCGGUUAAUGCGCUUCUCCUCACCGCGGUUCCAGUACUGCUCAUGGGUGGGUUGUAUCUAAUCUCCACAGACACCCUGAAUGCAUUUCUGUCCGCUAGUGUGAUUGCUCUUAGUCUUUCCUACGGUUUUCCUGUAGCAAUCAAUGUGUUUACCGGUAGGACGAGGUUGGUUGGGACCAAAGAGGGCUUCAAGAUGACCGGAUGGGUAGGUUGGGCGGUGAAUGGGGUCGGUUUGGCGUUUGCGGCCGGAGUGACGGCGCUGUUUAUGCUGCCGCCAAAUGUACCAAAGACGUGGGAGGAUGUAAAUUGGUCACCGGUAGUAUUUUUGGGUGUUGUUAUUGUAUCAACGGUUGCGUGGUGGGUGGAAGGGAGAGGGAUGUUUGUAGGACCAAGAGUGGUACUCGUUGAAGAGGAGGAGGAGGACUAA